AUGAGACCGGGUAAAUGCGGCGGGCGACCGCCUCACCUGGCAUACGUGGUCAGUGGACCAGCUCAGAGGGCGCUUUGUUUGCCUGUGCAUCCUGGUCGCCUUGCAGUUAGGAGCGAGCUUUCGGGGUCGACUCGCGCUCAUCGUUCUUCCAUUUCGUGCUUUUCUUGUAGAAAUUAUGGUAUCAGAGCAGCUCAAUUGUCACCGACAUGGCUGCGAGUGCGAGAGUCGUUGCGGGAACGUGCUCGCUGGACCGCACCGCGGCAGACGACGCAGCGUGGUUUCCGUUUAAACGCCUCGCUUGUGGCGGAUGCUGCCAGUGCAGCUGCCGGUACUCUAUCCGGUCACAUUUUGUCGCCUUUUGUGCUUGUUUGCUUAUCGCUUUGCAUAGCGUUCUUACUCUCUGCAGCGCUUGGAGCAAAUGACGUGGCCAAUGCCCUUGGCACAUCAGUAGGAACCGGGGCGGUAUCUAUUGGCAAGGCGCUUGCCAUAGGCGCUGUUUGCGAGUUCGCUGGUGCUGUCCUAUUUGGUUCGACAGUCACCAAGACCAUAUCUACAGGAGUAGUGUCCAUAUCUGGUGCUGUUGCAACUUCGCCAUCUCUCUACAUGUUGGGAAUGCUCUGUGUGUUAGUGGGAUGCACCAUGUGGCUGGGUCUAGCUACUCGCUACGGCUUGCCAGUGUCAUCGACACACUCGGUUGUGGGCUCACUUAUUGGCCUCGGCAUGAUUUCUGGCUGGAAAAUCCAGUGGGAAGCAGUUCUACGUAUCGUUCUGAGCUGGAUCAUUUCGCCGUUGAUGGGCGGCGUUGUGGCAUGGCUGCUAUUCCGGUUCAUCCGGCAAACGAUCAUCGAUGCGCCGCGUCCGACUCGAGCGAUGCGUCGCUGGCUGCCGACGUUGUGCGGCUCGAUGCUCUUCAUCCUGACUCUAUUCUUGCAACUGGAGAGUGAGCAUUCGACAGGAUGGACAUUGUUUCAGGCUGUUGCGAGCUCCUUCGGUGUGGCUGCGCUGGGGGCUGGAGUUUCCGGCGCUCUGACGAGCUUCAUCCACAGCAAACAGUUUGUGCGGAGAAGCAUCCCACGGGAGAAUAUUCGCGGCAAUGGGCGUAAAAUUGACGCCAGUGAGGCCGCCGCAGUCGCGCUAGCCGCAUUCGGUGCGCUUCAAGCGAACGAGGAGAGCACAAAUGAAGAUGAGUAUUCGUCAGGAGCGCACUGGAGUGAGGAUAUCCAGCUCUUGCCAACCUGUGAAUACGUGCCAACGACCAUGGAUAUCGUGAUGUCGUCAACGUCUUUGAGUCUGACAACGUAUGCUCGGAAGCGUCAGCAUGACAUUAUUGAACAGGUGUUCUCGAUUCUUCAGCUGCUUACGGCGUGUUUUGUGAGUUUCAGCCACGGGUCCAAUGAUGUCUCGAAUGCCAUCGGUCCCUUUGCGAGCAUCUUAGCGGUGUAUCGCAGUGGCGGCAGCGCUGCGGUCUCCGGUGAAGUACUGGUACCGCCGUGGGCGCUGGUUCUUGGAGGACUCGGAAUCUCGUUCGGACUCGGCGUCUGGGGACGUCCCGUGAUGGACACUGUAGGCAAGAAGAUCACGCACCUUGUACCGACGAGAGGCUUUUGUGUCGAGCUAUCCACAGCGUUGACGGUGCUCAUGGCCACGCAGAUCGGCAUGCCCGUGUCGACAACACACACGCUCAUUGGAUCCAUUGUGGCGAUGGGACUGGCGACGGGUCGUGGCUCCGUGAAUCGCCGUGUCCUGCUGAACAUUCUCCUUAGUUGGUUUGUUACCGUUCCGGUAUCCGCCGCGCUCACCGCCCUGUGUUUCUUGUCGCUGCGUGGGUUCGUGUGA